CCCUAAUGGGGUUUUGUUCUGAAAUUGACACCGGAAAUGUGUUGUUGAAGCUUGAAGCUUCACUUGAUGCUUGUUGGAUCGACGGAGGCUGCCGUGGAAACGACACACAUCCACUCAAUCCACGCAGGGAGGCUGAUUUGUUCUCUUCAAAGGCUCCUCCUCUUCCUCCUCCGCAUCCAUCCAUCCUUCCAUCUAACCUCCAAAAUGUGGAGCAUGUGAAAUGAGCCGCGAAGAAGGAAGAAAGGACAUCUGGAAGCUUCUGAACGAGUGAAGAAGCACAACAAGCCAGGAGCAUCAUGCCGCUGGUGAAGAGGAACAUCGAGCCCCGGCACCUGUGUCGCGGGGCCCUGCCAGAUGGCGUAACCAGCGAGCUGGAGUGCGUCACCAACAGCACACUGGCAGCCAUCAUCAAACAGCUGGGCGGCCUGAGCCGCCACGCUGAGGAUAUUUUCGGAGAGCUGUUCAAUGAAGCCAACAGCUUCUACCUGAGGAUGAGCAGCCUUCAGGAGCGUGUGGACCAGCUGGCGGUCAAGGUCACACAGCUAGACUCCACUGUGGAGGAAGUCUCCCUGCAGGAUAUUAACAUGAGGAAGGCCUUCAAGAGCAGUACUAUCCAAGACCAGCAGGUGGUGUCCAGGACAUCGGUGCCCAAUCCUGUGGUGGAGAUGUACCAUCGCUGCGACAAACCUCCUCCGCUCAACAUACUCAGCCCCUAUAGGGAUGAUAAGAAGGACGCCCUCAAGUUCUACACAGACCCGUCCUACUUCUUCAACCUGUGGAAGGAGAAGAUGCUGCAGGCCACCGAAGACAAGCGUAAGGAGAAGAGGAGGCAGAAGAGCUGUCCGGCCCAUCCCGACAGACCCCACUCCAGACAGGCCCCACCCAGGAGCCCCCUGUCCAUCUCUGAGCAGCAGAGGCAGGUCGAGGACCCGGGUAGGGAGGUCAAGAAGGUGCGUAAGGCUCGUAACCGACGUCAGGAGUGGAACGUGCUGGCCUACGACAAGGAGUUCAGACCCGAUGCCAGGCUCACGCCUUCCCCUUAUCACGGCAUGUCUCCCGAGGGCUCCUUGUCACCUGACAGCAGUCCCAACCAUCCAGCUACGCAGACCGCAAACAUGGGCCACCCCAUUGACCACCAUACCAGGGAUCACCUGGGCGCAGCCACUCAGACCCAGUCACUGGAUCGCGUCCUCAGGCCGGCCAACCAGCCUCAAGGAGCGGGAGGGGCCGCCGCUGGUGGGCGCCAUGUCGCUUCCUUGGGAAGGACCCCAUCAGCUCAUGCUAACCAGGCCGCGGGGGAUCUGACUGUCAACGGGCCGAGGCAGCAGUCAAUUAAGGAUUACCGGGCCGGCCAUGGUGGCCAGCCUACCACCAUUCCGGAGUAUUAUAUCCCUCCUGCUCCUCCCCCUCCUCCCCCAAGCAUCCCCUCCGCCCAGACGGCCUUCGAUCACACCCCGGGCCCACCUUCUGCCGUGCCACCCACCUCCUCCGCUCUAUCCCGUCCCUACUCCCCCUCGCCUCCUCCCCCUCCCGUCAACUACGUCCCCUCUCCUGCCCACCCACCUUCCGGGGUGCCGCCGGCCGCCCCACCACCUCCCCCACCUGGAGGCCCAGUGGGUCACCAGGCUCACCCCUCCCCUACACAUGCUGUCGUCGGGCAGGCAGGGGUGGAGGCCGCGCCCCCCACGAGGAAGGGCACCAUGCUGGGGAUGAUCCCCAUGAGCGACGCGCGCUCCGACCUGCUAGCUGCCAUACGCAGAGGCAUCCAGCUGAGAAAGGUGCAGGAGCAGAGGGAGCAGGAAGCCAAGCGGGAGCCCGUUGGCAACGAUGUGGCUACGAUCUUGUCACGUCGCAUCGCCGUGGAGUACAGCGAGUCUGACGACGACUCCGAGCUGGAUGAGAACGAGUGGUCCGACUAAAGAGAUGGUGGCAAUAACUCGGACCGGUGAUGGCUUUGGAUUUGGGUUCGCAUUUUCAAAUUCAUUUAAAGAAAAAUGACACUCUUGUCACACAUUUGAACAUUUUGCAGCAACUUAGUCAUUUCAACGCCUCCUCUUGAGAUGUGUCUGCACAACCAACAGAGUUUGGCACAUGACACAUAAUUUGAACAAAACAAAUGGACCAAUUCCUCCCCCUUAAAUCCUAAUUGAUAGCAAUAUUCCAGGUCUCUUUCUGCACAGAGCCCCUGUUGAGUGAGGAGGUGUUGUGUUGACUAAACACAUGGCACGGCUACAAGAGUUACUCAUUAUUGUGCUAUUCUAAUGUAUUUCUACUUGCAAAAUGUUUAUGAGUUUAUGAGAAGAAGACAGGAGAAGGAACAGUAGCUCCUCUGAGUGCUCAACAUUGGCCACAUGGAUGCUAACUUCUUUAGUAGCAGAGGAAGCUAACACGUUUGUGGUAGGCGAUACUGCCAAGCAUCAUUUCAAGAUUUAACGAUUGAUUGUUUUGCUGCAGUACCCCACUAAUAUAUUUGAACAAUACAACAAAAAACGGGUAUUUGUGGAAACUAAUAUUUGUGGGACAAAAAAAAUAUUCAUCCGAAAAUGCUAUAUGUAUUGAACCAAUACUGAUACUAGUUUAAGUAAUCAAUAGUGUUGAUAUUUGGAUCCAUCCGUUCACCCACGACUACCUAGCUGGUGAUAAUUGCUGGCCGCCUUCGAUUGAGCCGCGUCAGGUGAGUAAAGUGCAGCCUCUUCACUUGUAUGAACUAUUUUGUUAAGACAUGAAAGUUGACGUUAUGUUGGUUGUAAUUUGGUUCUCAUGGAGGUUUAGCUUGGCUGGUGUGACCUGUCGCGUUUCAGCACUAAAUGUAGACUUCAUCCAUCCAUUUUCAUCACAAUGAAGGUUACAGGUGAGCUGGACCAUACACAUCCGCCCAGAUUGGAACCCCAAUAUUCUAACUUUUUUUCCUCAUGUUUUGAUUUUAUUUUUAUCAAAUUGCAUGAAUUAAUUGAAUGUGAGUGUAUGUGAAUGUGAAUGGUUGUCACUUGGAGACCAUUCCAUCGUAUAUACCUCACCUCUCGCCCCAAAAAGUGAGCUGGGAUAGGCUCCAGCUCACCCACGACCGCAUUGGAGAUAAGAGGAAUAUAAAAUGGAUGGAUGCAUAUUUUAAUAUCCCAGUUGUUGAUGUGAUCAGAGGGCAAAACACCAAGUAGGACAUGAACAUUUUCAUUUAAAGCAUCCCUUAUUACCCCAACUUAUUAAUCAAUCAUCAUCGACUUCCUUGUGACCGACCCUAGGCAGAUAUUUACGUGACUUUUUACUCUCUUCAAAGCCAGUGACUGUGUGCUGUGGUAUUGCUCUUCUAUAAAAUCACAAUAUAUGCCACCAUGAACCAGGGUCGAAGGUCACAUGACACUGACCCUGGAUCAGCACUGCGGAGGCUUUGUGUCUGGACUGCUAUAAAUACAUCUGUGUAAGCAACCUACAACAGUAAAUAAACAGCAUUGUCUGGUCUGCUUCGGCUUGGCUGUCCACCGUGUCAGAACGCUUUUUAUAAUGUGGUUUUCUUUCAUUUGCAGUGAGUCGUUGGUUUUGAUUUACCGUAGGAUCUUUUUAAGGCCAUAACGUAAAAUGCAUUUUUAAUUGAGUUGAUAGCAAAAAGUCAAAUUUGUGUUGAAUUAUUGUUAAAUCUUCUAAAAACAUCAAAUGAAAUAUCAUUUUAAAGAGUACCUGCUCUAUUAGUUAUAGUUAUACAUAUUAGGGCUACACACAAAAUUACAAUCUUGAUUCACAUUGGUCCCGGUGAGCAUGCCAUGGUGUAUUAUCUUCUUCGCUGUCUUGGUGGGACCUCACGUUGGGUGUUUCUAGGUGCUUUCUGACAUGGUUUGGUUUUGCAGUGGGGGCGCUAGCAUUGAAACCCCCUCUUCCUGUUUGAGAUUGCUGUUAUGUGUAUGCGCGUACACAACACAUCAAUUUCAGUUUAACUCAUAAUUGUGAUGAAUAUAGACAUUUUUGGGGUGAAAUAGUGUAAUUUGGAGCCAGCCAGGGAGAACUGUCUUUAAAACGUAAGCACAUGGCACUGAACACAGAGCAAAGAAAAAUAUUUAAAUUCAUGGUGGCCACUGAACCCAACAUAUUGUGCAGCUAGACAUUUUCAUAAAUGGUGGAAAAAGUAGUUUAACAUACGUACAUUACGUCCCUGCUUUGUGUGCGGGUUAAGACCAUCCACGAAUUACGAAAAACUGAGUAAGUGAGGUGCCCCUAAAAGUGUCUAUUUUUGACACUCUUAUCAAUUGACUUGACUUUGAUGUUUCCACCAUUACAACACAAACAACCCAAAUGCCUACCUUACUCAUGGAACAACAACAACAAAAGUACCACGUAGAAGACAACACAUGAACUAUGCCGGUAUGGAAAUAAACCCAUACACACAAAUACAUGUAAAACAGUGCUAGCAUUUAUAACCCGCAAGGCAUGCUGGGAAGCCCACAUACACACUUGCACAGCAUGCCUUGCGAGUUGUUUAUUAGUAGUGUUAGUAUAAGUUUGUAAGCUCGUGGUGGUUUGUCGUGUGUGAGUAAGGGUGUAUAUGUUACCUUGAUGAGGCUGCCCUGCAAUUCAUAACCAGUUUAUAGUACAUCAAAAACACCCUAAUUUUUGAGAGUGAAAUCUGGGACAAUGCGGAGUCACCAAUGUUGGUCCACUGUGCGCUACUCACAAAAAGUGUAAGAUCUGUGAAUGGACAAAUACAUACUUCAUUGUGCUGUUCACAUUUUGACAUGAGUCCAAGACCACGCCUAACAAUUGAUCAACAGUACUUCGCCAAUUUGUGGGGCUAGAAAUGGGUAAUUCUCAGAUGGAUGUGGCCACUUAGUUUAGGGCAGGGGUGGGCAAACUGCGGGCCACACUGUCUUAAUCCGGACAUUUCUAAAUUCCGUUUUUAAACCUUUGACUUGGAAAGUGUAGCUGGCAACAUGACAAGCAGCGCUAUUGUGGCGCGCUUACGUUGCUAAAAUAGUCAGAUGCGAUCUGUAGCUUGUACAAAAUUGCAACAAACACGAUGCACAAGAUAACAUACCUGCUGCACCAUGUGGGCAUACAAACAAAUAUCUACACACAAUACCCAUGCAAAAAAAAAUUACUCAUACAUUCCUGCCGCAAGGUAUGCUGGGUAGCAUUUUGCCACGUUUGUUGCAUUUUUGCGAGAUUGCAAUAUAUGCUAAGGAGGUCAUCAGUUAACAUACUCUUGAUACCCGAUGUUUUAUUGUUCAUAGUUCAUAUUGUUGUUGCAGCUGGACUACCCAGAAUGCCUUGCGGGAAGUUUGGAAGUAAUACUUUUAAGUUAUGUGCCAGUUGCAUGAACUUGUUAACUUUUUGUUUUGGUGCAGCGUGAGCAACUACGUUAUGCUGUUUAACGCCACCUAGAGUGUAUAGAGUAUAGGUGACUCCUCGGACAAAUUUUAUUAACCCAAUGUGGCCCACGACUGCAAACAUUUGCCCAUCCCUGCCUUACUGUGUCACAUCUUGUUCGAUAAAAAAAAAUAUUUUUUAAAAUGUCACCUGAAUUGUGUUAUUCAACAAAGGUUCAUGGUGCAUUUUUGGUUCAUCCGGAAAUUUUACCAGAAUGCCUGCAACUGUUUGUGAGUAGUGUAUUUCUGGAAAGAAAUCAUCCCAGAAAUUGUGAUCUCAAUUCAUAACAAAGAAAAUGUUUUUUUUUUCUUCCAGAAUCAUGCAGCCCUAAUACAUAUCAUUCAAAACAGGAGCUUAUUAAUUCAAUGAUUCACCAGCAAGGUUAAUUUUCUUCUGUAAAUGUCUUGUUGUAAAUAAAUGACACUGUAGAUGAUGACACAGACAUACUGUUGCUGCAAAGGAAUGCAGAAAAGGCUGUUUCUAAGCUGAAUUCCCUUUUAACGGACUGUUGUGAGACAAGCAUUUCUGGCUGCUAUACUGUUUGAGUUAAAUAGGAUGUGGAAAUGGGUCACAUUCUAUUUAGCGCAUUGCCAAAUGGGAAAGAUUGAGUGCUCCUGGGCUUGCAUAGUCAACGAAUGUGAACGCUGUAAGAACCUGACAGUUCCCUCCUCGUCAGGUUUUUGUCACUGAACUAUUGGACACUGUGUUUCUAUGGUGACCGCCUUGCUCUGGUUGUCUUGACGUGACUACAGACAAAUUUUGCAAAAGGGAUCCUGUAAAGUAAACACAUGUCUUUUUGGGGUCAUUCAUAUACAUUGUUAGACAGUUAAAAAAAAUAAACUGCUGUAAGCAAGUAUGCAUGUAACUAUAGACAAUAAAUGGUUAACUUGAUGUGUUUGCAUUUUUUAUAUUGAGUUUAUAUUGAGAACAUCUGCAUAACCAUCAGGGGGGCUGCAUAAAAGUAAUUCAGAGUGUCAUUUUUUUUUACAUUGGAAAAUUUUUUAGGGGUGUCCAAAGUAUUAUCACCAAGGCCCACAUACAUGGAAAGGGUUUGGGUUUGGGCGCCACUUAAAACACACGAAAUCCAAUUUUGCAUAAAUGGUGAAUUAAAAAGGUUAAUUAUGCGCCUUCUGCCAUCUAGUGGAAGAGCGUGUAAUUGUACUGAUUGCCACCAAGCCCACCUCUUAAGGCCAGUUCGAAAAUUUGCAAGAAUUUACAUUUUGCACUGUUGGAUCUUAAGUAGAGCAUCAACAUGCAAAAAGACGAACUGGACCAAACAGUGAAACAGGCUGUUCAUCAGCUGAAUAAAAGUUUA